AUUAACCUGACUGCUAGUGCAGUGGACGAUACGUUUUAUCCAAAAUACCAUUUAGCACCUCCCUAUGGAUGGAUGAACGAUCCUAAUGGAUUCUCGUACUUUAAUAAUGAAUAUCAUCUUUUUUAUCAAUUCAAUCCAAAUAGCAGUAUGGAACCUGGAAUAGCUCAUUGGGGACAUGCAAGGAGUCCAGAUUUAUUCCACUGGGAACAUCUUCCAAUAGCAAUGUACCCAGAUGAGUGGUACGACAAAUCAGGAGUGUUUUCUGGAAGUGCGAUUAUAGAAAAUGAUACAAUGUACUUAUUAUAUACAGGAAAUAUAAACCGUCCCAAUGAAGAACCUGAUCAUGAACAGUAUCAAGCUUUAGCCUGGAGUACAAAUGGAGUUGAUGUUAUGAAAUACAGUGACAAUCCAGUUAUAAAUGGUACUGAAUACCAGCCUAAUAUUCGCGACCCUAAAGUUUGGAAACACAAGAAUACUUACUACAUGGUGCUUGGAAACUCUUUUAACAACAAUACUUUAGGACGCGUAUUGUUAUACUCAUCUCAAGAUUUAAAACAUUGGAAUCAAGUUUCAAUUCUGGCAGAAUCAGACGGGACUCUUGGAUACAUGUGGGAAUGUCCAGACUUCUUCGAAAUCGAUGGACUAUUUGUUUUACUAUUUUCUCCUCAAGGCAUAAAACCUGAAGGCGAUAAAUAUAGAAAUAUAUACCAAACAGGUUACAUUGUUGGAACUUUUGAUUACGAAACAUACCGCUUUAACCCUAUCAGCAAAUUUAAAGAACUUGAUCAUGGUCAUGAUUUUUACGCAACACAGACAUUAUUAGACUCGCAUAAUCGUAGAAUAUUGGUAGCGUGGUUCAGUAUGUGGGAACAAAAUUAUCCAGAAAGUGUUCACGGCUGGGCUGGACAAAUGACUAUUCCGAGGCAGCUAUAUUUAUCACAAGAAAAUAAUUUAAUUCAGAAACCGGUGAAUGAGAUUUCAGCUAUAAGAGGAAAGUUAAUUUAUUUAGCUAAGAGUGCACGCGGAAGUGAUGUUAUACCACUGCAUGAUAAGUCUGCCGAAAUUAUUAUAAGAGCAAUACCAUAUUUAGAUUUGGAAUUAUUUAUUGAGUCAGAUGACGGUUCAGCUAAGUUGACGAUCAGUUACGAUUAUAAAAAAGGUCUAGUCACUUUGGACCGUGGAGGUGAGGACGGCAUUAGACGCACUUUUUGGAAACCUGCAUAUACUCAUAUAUUGCUUUGGAAUAUUUUUGUAGAUGCUAGUUCUAUUGAGUUGUUCUGCGGGCAUGGUGAGGUUACAUUCUCCAGUAGAUUUUAUCCAACUGGAAAUCUAACAGUGACUUUAAGUAUUAAUACUUUUGUUGACGAAAUGGUUGUAACGGCAAUAGAUAGAACUGUUCCUAAGCCUGGUAAAUAA